UUGGGGUAAGAUAAUGUGGUAUAUGGAGAGAUUUUAAAGAAACUGUACGAAAGGUUUACAGCUCUUGUCAAACAAUUGGAUUUUGUUUAUUUCUAAGACAAGAAACCACAAUGUCUGACGAAAAGUCUAAUGUGCAGUCACUAGUGACUUGCACUGCUCCCGUGAAUAUUGCUGUCAUUAAAUACUGGGGGAAGAGGAAUGAGAGUUUAAUUUUACCUAUCAAUUCCUCCUUGAGUGUCACCCUUCAUCAAGACCAGCUAAAGACAACAACAACGGUGGCAUCAAGUCGGCUUUUUAAGGAGGAUCGAAUCUGGCUUAAUGGCAAAGAGGACAAUAUCAACCAUCCGCGGCUCCAGUCCUGCUUAAGAGAAAUCCGUCGCCUGGCCAGGAAACGAAGCAGUGAUGGAGACAAUAACUCUGAGAAGUUAAACCUGUCCCACAAAGUUCACAUCUGCUCCAUAAACAACUUUCCAACCGCUGCUGGGUUGGCAUCCUCUGCAGCAGGCUAUGCUUGCCUGGUGUACACACUAGCAAGGCUGUAUGGAGUAGAAGGGGAGCUGUCUGAAGUGGCUCGCCAGGGAUCGGGCAGUGCCUGCAGGAGUAUGUACGGGGGCUUUGUGCAGUGGAUCAUGGGAGACAAGCCUGAUGGAAAGGACAGCAUCGCAGAGCAGAUACUGCCAGAGACUCACUGGCCUGAGCUCCGAGUCCUCAUACUGGUGGUGAGUGCAGAGCGGAAGCCAGUAGGAAGCACAGCUGGGAUGCAGACAAGUGUCCAAACCAGUCCCCUUCUAAAGUAUCGGGCAGAGUCUGUUGUUCCUGAGCGGAUGAAAGAGAUGAUUGCUGCAAUCCGAAGGCGGGAUUUUGAAACAUUCGGAGAACUGACCAUGAAAGACAGCAACCAAUUCCAUGCCACCUGUCUGGACACAUACCCUCCCAUCUUCUACCUGAAUGAUGUGUCCAAGCGCAUCAUCAGCCUAGUGCAUCGCUACAACACUCACUACGGAAGGACGCGACUUGCAUACACAUUUGAUGCUGGCCCUAACGCUGUGGUGUACAUGCUGGAGGAGCAUGUGGAUGAGUUUGUGGAGCUGAUCAAGCAAUACUUUCCCCCAGAGACCAACGGUGAACAGUUCCUAAAAGGGCUGGCAGUGAGCCCAGUGUCUGUAACAGAGGAGCUGAAAUCUGCCAUUGGGAUGGACUCGUGUCCCAGAGGAAUCAGUUAUAUCAUUAACACAAAGGCAGGACCGGGCCCUCGGGUUGCAGAAUAUACAAGCCUCCACCUGCUGGGCUCAGAUGGGCUUCCAAAGCACUUGAAGCAAAGUGCCUGAGCAUUGGCCUCCAGAAUGUGAAGCCAGGAUCUCCUGCAAAUGAUAUCACUGAACAUUGAAUACAGUUUUAAUGAAAGAAACAAACGGUCAAGUGUAACGGUCAAAUUUCAUUGUAAUAAGGGGGAGACUAUGUAUUUUUGUUGAUGUUUUUGUAAACAGGGUGUAUUUAUUGAUUUGCAGGGCACUUUCAUUGAUGGUUUACCCAUUAAUGCCUCAACUGUGUUACUGCUGUAGGUGUUUGAUUUAUUUUACUUUGAAACCUAAUGAAGGUACCACAGACUGGAACAUGGAGUGCUCUAUAAUGGUUCCAAUAUAUUUUGCUUUGUAUUUUUUCAUCCUUACAGCUGGGUCUUUUAUGGUUUGUAACCAUUUAUUGUUAGGACUCUUAUAUUUACCAAAGACUGACUUAUUUCCUUUAACAAAGCACUAUAGGCUAAAAUACACAUGUUGCUUUUUUAACAUAGGGGUUUAUUACUAAUGAUUUACCUAUAGUAAAUACCCAUGUAUAUUUUGUUUGGUCUUCUAUCAACACGUAUGUUUAAUUACUGGAAGCAUAAUAUGACUGUGGUGCUCUAUUUUCCACUGUUGCGUUUGGAAUAAUUUAACGAUACAGAUGAAAUACAGCCAACUGAUUACUGUACCAGCACAUUUUCGGCUCCUUUGGCUAAAGCAUGCAUGCAGAUUAUUUAACAGUCAAGGAAUACUCAAAGAGAAGUUACAAAAAUUUGCACAGUGAACUGUCUUCAUUUUGGGUAGUUCAAACUGUGGAGGAAAAUUAUUGAAUUCUGACUAUAUAGAUAUAUAG